CACAAAAUGUUUACUGACGCAGGCUCGGUUGUAUCUAUUCUAUUCGAGUUCAAUGGAUAUGCCAUUCGUAGGCGCCUGGACGAACCGAUCAAGCUACAUAUCAAUUAAACGGCAUAAUCUGUAAUUAUUGUAGUCACAUGGUAACGUUAUACGGAUAAACAAAGUAGUGAUAUGUAUAUACUGUAACAAAAAACAAGAAUACGAUUAUGGGAAGAUAGACUGCUGCGGGUUUUCACAGUAUGUGGAAGAGGCACUUCGUUAACGUUACGGCUUGGAAGGCAACGCCUGGAUAAAGAAGUUAUUUUUCUCCUGCAUUCUUGGAUUUAAGAAUAUGGGUGUAACGUUACCUCAGCGGUGCAUUAAAGUGAUCUGGGUCCUUGGGUUGUUUUAUGGGCUCAGUGACAGUAUUGGAAGCUCAGUCUCACAACAGACCUCCCAGCUGUCGGCGUAUGAAGUGACCGUACCCAGGCGGAUAGGAAAGCAGAGGAGAGACCUGGAUGGUGUGACCUCGAGCACGGUCUCCUAUGUCAUCCAUGCCCAGGGGAGGGACCACGUGAUCGUCCUGCAGAAAAACGAGCUGCUUCUCCCGGAUGACUUCACUGUGUACUCGUACGGGAAGGACGGCUCUCUGAUCACAGAGAGGCCCCGCGUGCAGGAUCACUGCCAUUACCAGGGUUACGUGGAGGACAUGGAGGGCUCGUCUGUGGCCCUCAGCGUCUGCGCAGGCCUGAGGGGUGUCCUCCACAUGGACAAUGGGAGUUUUGGGAUCGAGCCCCUGGAGUCCUCCACUGGCUUCCAGCACCUGGUGUACCGGCUGGAGGACGUGCGGACGGAACCGCUGAAGUGCGGGACGGCCCACUCGGAGACGGACCACACCCAAGACCACGACCAUGACCAUGACCACGACCAUGACCACGACCCACGGGCGGUCCCCGUCAGCCACCUGCUCAGAAGGAAACGAGCUGUGCUGCAUCAGACGCACUACGUGGAGCUGCUACUGGUGGUGGAUAAUGACAGGUUUAACUACAUGAACAGGAACCAGACGGCCGUGCGGGAAGAGAUGGUCCAGCUUGCCAACUACAUCGACAGCAUGUAUGUGGCCCUAAACAUCCGCGUCGUUCUGGUGGGGCUGGAGAUCUGGAGCCAGGUGAACCCCAUCAACACGGACGGCAGCGCGGGGGAGGUCCUGGGCCGCUUCGUCCAGUGGAGGGAGCAGAACCUGGUGCACCGCCGCAGGCACGACAGCGCCCAGCUCAUCCUGAAGAAGAGUUUCGGGGGCACUGCGGGGAUGGCGUUCGUCAGCACGGUGUGCUCGCGGAGUCACGGUGGAGGAAUCAACGCGUACACCAGCACCAACGUCCAGGCCUUUGCGUCCAUCGUUGCCCACGAGCUGGGGCACAACCUGGGCAUGAACCACGACGACGGGCGGAACUGCCUCUGCACCGUCGGCAGCUGCAUCAUGAACUCCGGAGCUACCGGCUCCCGCAACUUCAGCAGCUGCAGCGCCGACGACUUCGAGAAGCUGAUCCUGCUGAGCGGCGGCAGCUGCCUGCUCAACAUCCCGCGGCCCGACGAGGCCUACAGCGCCCCCUUCUGCGGGAACAGGCUGGUGGACGUGGGCGAGGAGUGCGACUGCGGCUCCGAAAAGGAGUGCGAGAAGGACCCCUGCUGCCAGGCCAAGACCUGCAAGCUUACAUCGGGGUCGCAGUGCGCCGAUGGAGUGUGCUGCAAGAACUGUCAGUUCCUGCCGGGGGGGACGGAGUGCAGGAGCAGCAUGGACGAGUGCGACCUGCCCGAGUUCUGCAACGGCUCCUCCUCCGUCUGCCAGGGAGACGUCUUCAAGCAGGACGGCCACCCCUGCAAGGACAGCCAGGCCUACUGCUACAACGGGAAGUGCCAGCACUACCACAAGCAGUGCCAGGCCCUUUUCGGAGAGAAGGCCAAGGCUGCCCCGGAGCUCUGCUUCAAAGACGUCAACUCCAAGGGAGACCGCUUCGGGAACUGCGGUUACCAGGGUCAGGGCUACAAGAAGUGCGAAAGCAGGAACGCCAUGUGCGGGAAGCUGCAGUGCGAGAACGUGCAGACGGUCACGGUCUUCGGCAUCGAGCCCUCCAUCAUCAAGACGCCCAUCGCCGGGACCACGUGCUGGGGGGUGGACUUCCGGCUGGGGUCGGACGUCCCCGACCCGGGCAUGGUGAACGAGGGGACCAGGUGCGAGGAGAACAAGGUGUGUUUGAAUUACCAAUGUGUGAACGUGGACGUUCUGAAGUACGACUGCAACGUGCAGGAAAAAUGCCAUGGUCAUGGUGUGUGCAACAGCAAUAAAAACUGUCACUGUGACAACGGCUGGGCCCCUCCCAACUGCGAGGCCAAGGGCUACGGCGGCAGCAUCGACAGCGGCCCCACGUGGAACGAUAAGGACACCUCCACCAGGGACGGCCUGCUGGUCUUCUUCUUCCUGGUGCUGCCCCUGCUGGCCGUGGGCCUCUACGCCUUCUUCAGGAGGAACGAGCUGCGGCGGCGCUUCUGCAGGAAGAAGAGGUCCCAGGGCUACGAGGCCAACAGCAGACCUCCGCCCCUGAGUGGGCGGGGAGAACCCCAAAGAAGCAACUCCAACAACAUCGUCAAGGACGGACACCAGGUUCAGUUAUUACCACCUGAGGAGGUCGUACAGACGAGCAGGUCCGCCUCCGGGCCGCCGUAUGCCGCCAAGCCUCCCCCGCCGCCGCCUCACCCGCGGCCGCCCGCUGCAAAACAACUGGUGCCUCAAAGACCCGCCCCGCUGCCCCCGCACAGGUCCUGAGAGCAGGGGGCAGGAUCAGCGGGGGCACAUCACUCAAACUCUUCCCCGAAGCUUUCAAAACCGCAGUCAGCCAAAUCCAAAAUAGACACGCAGUCACUUGAAAGAUGAACACUUCCUGCAAUAAGGAACUCUUGUCAACCCACGCAAGUCUCCAUUCGCUCUGAUGGCCUCUGAUGACCCUAAAUGCAAGGAGCGGAAAUCGGAGUACAUUAGCAGUAGGACCACUGCUAUAAUAGCUGCCCUUCAGUGUGUCAAGUUAUGCCAUAGGAACGUCAAAAAGACAUCUCUCAAACCCUUGAAAACAUGAGAGAAAUAUUUUGUCAGUUGUUUUAGUUAUUUGUUUUUAAGUGUUACUGGACAUCCCUGGUUCUGUGGAAUGUAAAAAAUGCACUGGCUUAUUUUAAAUUGGGGACAGAUGUAUCUUUUUAACCUGGUAGGAACGUUAUUGCAAAUUGCCCUCAUACUGAGCAACACUGUGUAUCCUUAAUAUUUUUUUCAAUAGUCUUGUACAAAAUCGCUGUUUUCAUCAUUUUCAGUCAUAUUUUUUCAAGUAAUAUUGCCUUGAAGGGUUUUUACCUGAAUGUGAUCAUAAGAUUUUACAGCUUUUUUUUUGUCCAAUCUGUUGGUGUAACACAUGCUUCUGUUAUUGGAUAUCCCCAAAACAUUCCACCCAAUCCAUUCAUGCAUGAACUCUUCAAAUGCUCACACAAGUGCAAUACUAAACUAGGUUCUGGGUAUCUAAAGCCACGCGUGUGCAAUAAAUCAAAAGAUUGCCAUCUAAGCCUCUGAGAUUCUGUGCAUCUGGAACAUGCUGGAUUUGUACAUUUCCCAUUCAGCUUUGGGGUCAGACAAACUCACCAGUAUGGUGAACGGCUGACUGACCUGGACUCUUUUGUUCUUUAUGAAUGAUUUUGCAUUAUUGCGAGCCGGGCAGGAGAAAAACCAGCCUGUAGCGCUGAUCCCAUUGUUGCUGUUUAAUUAGUUUUAUUUAAUGCAUUUGAAAAAGGACAUUUUAUAUUUUAUUUUUAUGCCAAUUUAGGUAUUGCCUACAUAGGUAAACUAUAGUCCAUGUAUCAGUUGUGCAUUUUUAUAUAUAUAUUAUAAAUUUCAUGUUUCUGAUGUGGGUGUUGCUGACUGAUUUGACUGGGGAGUUUUUGUCUAUGAUACUUGCUUGUUGAACAUGUGAUGUGCUGUCCGAAACGGUCCUUUUGUAUUUGCAUUGAUCCUAAGGGCUACCGGGCAUUGCGCGAAAAAAAUUUGAACAUCCUGCGAAUGAAAAGCUAAAAGACAUAAACAGAAACUGCCCAGAUCUUGUAAGGUUUGAGACAUCGAUUGUGCAAAAUCCGUACUCUGCACUGUACCAUGGUGAGCUCUGUUACUUAUUUUGAGAAUAAGAUCCAAUGUUCUUCCUGUCUCAGGAAUCUUUUUGAUCUGCAGUUCUAUUAUGCAUCCUAUAUGUAUGGAUAUUAUAUCUACCAGCUUUGAAACCUAUUGCACUCUUGCUACAGACAUUUGAUGCCACUGCCCCUGCUGCAUAGGUGUGUCGGUGGGAUAUGGCACUGCAACGUGGCACCCUUUCCAACGUGCCCCAUCACAUACCUCUUGUUCUGCAUCGAUCAACCUAAAGAGGACCUGUCUCGUGCCAUGCAGGAACUGCAUAAAUUGGUGUUUGAAAAAAUUUUGUUUUAAAAAUCAUGUACAGUCCAUAUAUGUGAUUUACAUUUUCAUAUGUCAUGUUUGUGGAAUGUCUUGUAAAUGUAUUGGUAUGUAUCUGGGAGCUGGAGUAGGAAAAGGUAACAAUUAAUUAAUAGGAUGACUUAAAAUUGCACCGCACUUAACUCUCUUCCAGGUCCUAAGUUUGACUGGUUUCAUGGUUAGCAAUGGUGAGCUAUAGCUGCCGAUUCAUUGUGGCUCAAGGAAGGACUCGUUUUAAUGCCCUUUGAUUUGGUUUGCUGUCUGCCUGGCUAAUGGUGGUGGUGGUGGUGGUGGUUUUGGUGUUGCAUAUUAAAUAAAAACACUGGUAUGUCUCUGUGA